AUGUCACAAAUUAGAACAGAAUUAAUAGCACCUGCUGUUAACUUUCUUAAAGACCCAAAAGUUCAAAUUUCUCCAAUUCAGAAACGUGUUGCUUUUCUGGAAUCUAAAGGAUUAACUUCUGAAGAAAUUGAAGAAGCACUUAGACUUACACUAAUUUCAACUAAACAACUUACUACUACUAUACAAACCAUCACCAAUACUCCACCACAACAAAUAACGACAUUACAAGUAAAUAAAACAAACAAUAAUAAUUCUUAUAGAACACCGUCAAUAAUACUAAGAGCACCGCCACCUCCUCCAAGAUUAGAUUGGAGAGAUUAUUUUUUUGUAGCAAUUCUAAUUGGUGGAACAAGUUACGCGAUAAGAGUUUUUGUUAAAAAAUAUAUAUUACCAUAUUUUAAAACAUUAACAAAAAAAAAAUUUAAUAAAGACAAACAGCAACUUUCCAAUCAAUUUAUACUUACCACCAAAAAUUUAGAAAUAAUCAAAUCAGAUACCCAAUUAACCAAAAAAACUAUCGAGGAACAUUUAUUUAAAGUUAAAGAGACUUUGAAUACAAUAAAUAAAGUUCUCGUGAAUUUGUGCGAGACCGAUGGAAAAAAAGAUCGAGAGAUUACAAUAGUGAAAUUAAAAUCUUUAUCUAGAUCUAUACCGCCUUCAGCAUUUUCCUCUGGAGAAACAGGAGAAAGGGAAACGAUAGGAUCAGAACAAGAUUCAACCCCGUCAUGGAAAUUGGUACCGGCCGAAGACACAACAGCAACAGAGGAUGUUGGUACAGAAGCUGAACAAUUUGCUGAAGAAGAUAAAAUACAAAAAGAAAGAAUUGAAAUAAAAAACCAACUUGAAAAUUAUGUUUAUACAACCAAAAGUCAAAUAGAAGAUAGCGAUAGUGAACUUGGAAAGAAAAUCAGUGAAGAAGAUAAGAAAACCAUCAAAGAUGCGAUUAAGAAAACUAUUGAUUGGCUUGAGGAAUUUUCAAGUUCUGCUACUAAAGAAGAUCUCGAAGAAAAAAUAAAUGAACUACAGGCUAUUGUAAAUCCAAUUACAAGCAAAUUGUAUUCAUCAGAUGAACAACCAACAACCAGUGACGAGGAUGAAUUACCAACACAUGGAGAAUUAUAA